CAUCAUUGGCCUUCCCCUUCAAAAUAGUAACCCACGAAAAAAACGGGAACUCUCGAAUUGAACUCGAAGCAGGUACCCAAAGAUUUCUUAAUUUUCCCCAAUUUUUUUCCCUCUCCCUGAAACGUUAAAUUCAAGAUUCGCAGCUCGGAUCCAUGGCUUCUCGUCGGCGCAUGCUUUUAAAGGUCAUUAUCCUCGGCGACAGCGGGGUCGGGAAGACGUCGCUGAUGAAUCAGUAUGUGAAUCGUAAGUUUAGUAAUCAAUACAAGGCAACCAUAGGAGCGGAUUUUUUGACCAAGGAAGUUCAGUUUGAAGAUAGGUUGUUCACAUUGCAGAUUUGGGACACUGCUGGGCAAGAAAGGUUUCAAAGUCUUGGUGUGGCUUUCUACCGUGGUGCAGAUUGCUGUGUUCUUGUGUACGAUGUGAAUGUAAUGAAAUCAUUUGAUGAUCUUAACAACUGGCGGGAAGAGUUUCUGAUUCAGGCCAGUCCCUCUGACCCUGAAAAUUUCCCGUUUGUUGUGCUGGGGAACAAGAUAGAUGUUGAUGGUGGGAAUAGUCGGGUGGUUUCUGAGAAGAAAGCCAAAGCCUGGUGUGCUUCCAAAGGAAACAUACCUUACUUUGAGACUUCUGCAAAAGAAGGAUUCAAUGUCGAAGCUGCUUUCGAGUGUAUUGCCAAAAAUGCACUGAAGAAUGAGCCUGAAGAAGAAAUAUACCUGCCUGACACCAUUGACGUUGCGGGUGGAGGGCGGCAGCAAAGAUCAACAGGUUGCGAGUGUUAAAAGAAUUGUUGGAGCAGCCCCGUUGGUUCCUCUGGUUGCAAGAUAGAGCUGUCCUUGAUACUUGAUGAUUUAUUAAGUGACUCAUUUUAACAAUCAAUAAUCUUGGGAAGAAGGUUAUAAAAUUUGUUGUGUUGUGUCAUAAGUGGGUCAGAAAAGGCAUAUUGAUCGUCUUUGUAUUGUUUCUUUUCAUGUUACAUGUCUGUAUUCCACCUUUUAUCUGUGUUCAACUUGAAAUGUAAACUGUACCUGGCUGCCAAGUUUGCUAUCAUUUAUAAUGGAUAAUUUUCAAGCUAA